AUGCAAGGUAUUACGGGCAAGCUGAGCGGCAAAAUGGGUUCUGCCGUCUUCCGCAUCCGCAAUGGUGCCCAGGUUGUCACCCAGUACAACCCGAUCGUAAAGAACCCCGACACUGCAGGCCAGCAAGAAGCCCGCGCAAAGUUCAAGCUCCUUUCCCAGCUUGGAGCCAUUAUGGAAAGCGGCUUUGGCACUAUGGCCGUCACCAAGAGAGCUGGCAAGAGCGCACCCACGCAACGCAACGCGUUUAUGCAGCUCAACUACCGACUUGUCGCAGUGGAUAUGUCCUCCGACGUUCCUGAGCGCGCCAAAAUCAAAAUGGACAAGGUUCAACUCACCAAGAGCGCUCGCCCACUUGGCGAAAUUAGCGGUGACGCCUCCGAAGUUAGCGUUUUAAACGUUCCAGAUGAAGUGAAAAGCGUGCGCUUCGUUGAAGUUGUGUAUCGUCAAGUCCAAGUCGUAGACCCCGAUACGGGUUCAUUCAUCAUCAAGGUACGCCCCGAAGUCAAGAAAGUACAAGAUACUCCCGUAACGGGAACGGGCGCUGAAAGAGGUGUAUCAUAUGAGCCUGGUGUCGGUGAAACACUUCAAGGAUCAACUAUCCUGGCCUACGGACUUAUCCCCACAGCCAGCACCGCUGGCCGUGUGGACUUUGACAAUAUCCACACCCCGAGCGAUGAGGAUUUUGUCGGUGCUAUCGCACUCGACCAAAUGGUUCGUGAUGGCGACUUGCUUGAAACGAUGACCAUCGGAUUGAAUGUGCAAGGUGGAAACUAA